CACUCAACCACUUCUCACUUUCCCCCAAUUUCUCUAAUUAGGGUUUAUACUGUUCUCACUUUGACUUUUGCAGAUCUUCACUAUUUCACCUCCACACAUGUUAAUUCGCAUCAACCAUAACAAUCCAGAUUGCAAAUUAUCACUCACGUGAUUUCGGAAUCUGAUAAAUCCAUCAAUUUCGGUGAGGAAUAGAAGAAGAUAUUUUGUGAUUCGCUUACAAUCAGUAUGCCGUUUAGUUGGAAGACCAAGAAGAAGACGAGACGUAAUCGAUUCUCGCAAUUGGUGGCUGAUCAUCUUCAGUCACCGAAACGCGGUGGUUCUCUGGUGGUGGAAACCGGUUUUCCGACUUCUUUGAUUGAUCUUUACGUUAGGAAUCGCGGUAGAUUUCGGAAGAAACAGAGGGAUGAUGAUUCACCAUCACCGUCGUCACCAUCAUCACAUACCUCAAGUUUGAUGGUAGAUUCAAGUAAUGUGUGUUCAUCCUUGUCGUUAUAUCCGUUGGUAGAUUCGAAUAUUAUUUCGUCUGCUGGUUUGGAUCAUAGGGGAACUGAUGAAAUUAUCGAAGAGGAUGUAGUUGUUGGAGGUAGUAUGGUUGUGAGCGAAACUGAAAUUACAAGUUGUACUAAAACUGAAGUAGAAAUGGCAAAACUGAAUCCUGUGUCGGUGGUUAUGUUGAUGGUUUUGUUUAUCAUGGUGUUGGUGUUAGGAACGAAGAGGUUUACUAUUGGGAUUACAAUGUCUGCUUUCCUGUUGCUGUUACUCGAAUUGGUGGGGAAAUUGUUGUUGCGGAGAUGGAGUAAAUUGAGUUUUCAUGAAAUCGAGAAUAUCAAAAGUUCAAAAGAGAAUAGAAGCCGUGGUGUUUGUAGUCAAGUGUUGGAGAUUGAAGAGGAAGUAGAAUCAAAGCAGGAGGUUAGAUCGGAAAAAGAAUUAGAUGAAGCAAGAAGUGAAGUUUUGAUGGAGAUUAAGCACAAGAGUUCUCGAAGAGCUGCGAUGAAAUCUAAGAUGAAGAAACUUGUACCCAAGAAGCUUCGUAAGUCUUCCAUGGGUACAAAAGACGAAAUAUCUUAUCGGGUUUUUGAAGAAGAAACAGUGAAAUCUGCACAGGAUCAUAAGACGUUAGUUUUUUCUAGCGAAUGCUCAGAUUCAAAAGGCGAGACCUUGCGUAUCUUGAAGCAAAAUCAGGACAAGAUUGUAGAGAUAGAAGGGAGAUCUUUAUCACCAGCUUUGUCAAGUGAAAUUGACUGCAAUGGUAAGGAAUUAGGAAGGGAAUUACAUCAGAAUUCCGGGUUUUUGGUUCUGUGCUUAAUUGUUCUGGUUGGACUGAUUGGAGGACGCGCUUUGGCAGUCGCACUUGCAUUAUCUUGGUGCUUGAUUGUGAAGAAGUUGCAAUGGAGAAAUGUAAAGUUUCCCAUCUCCUAACUUAGAUUUGUUGUUUACAAUCUGUUUUGUUGUUUUUGUGUCUCAAUCUUGUUGUUCCUUACUUGUGCACAACUUUAUUUAAGCAAUAGAAAAAAGUAUACAUGUACCAUA